AUGUUUCCUGCUUUGAUGGGAAUACUUGGGAUACUUCACCAUGAUCUUCAACAGAGACUACCUAAAAUGCCAAAAAAAAAACCCAAAGCAAAUGAUCAGAAUCUAUUUGAAGAUUCUACAAAUAGCGAAG